UUUGCCGUCUUGCAUGUAUCGGUCUGAGUCACCAUACGCUGCAUACUCCUAGUAGUGUCCCUCUCUUUGGAAUGCCACUCGACCAGUUUCCUUGCUUCCUCAGCAUUUCUACAAAUAUAUCUUGAACUCAGUCACGGUAUUCUCUUCCCCCCUUCUCAUAAACUUUGUGGAACUCUCGCAUUCAACAAGUGCUUGUUAUAUGCUCCGUGCUGUGUGCUGCAUCAAUGACCGUCCAGCGUCGUCAGCUAGGUCUUUCACUAUCAUGUACAGUCAAGUGUUAUUGCCACAUGGCGUUGAUCCUGGCAUUGCCUUCUCAACCUAGGUUAUCGACGUAUCAAUGAUCGCACGAUUGGCAUGCGGUGUUUACAAGGCCAUUCAUAACUCAUACUGCCACCAGUUCCCUCCCAUCUUUGCGCUUCAAUCAUGCUACAACUACCUGACCCACGCGUUUUUGACAACAUACAGCUUGUCCUCAGUACUGCGGCUUGUCUUGGGGUACUAGUUGGAGUGAUUUAUUGGACUUACCUCCCAAAAUCAGAGAGCGGCUUCCCUCUUCCACCCUCCCCUCCCACUUGGAGACUUCGGGGGCACCUUAUACCCCCCCGCAACCCAUUUCUCACUGUAGCGGAAUGGAUUGACGAGCAUGGUCCUCUAAUUACCAUUCGCUCAGGAACUGAGAAAAUCGUCAUUAUCGGUCGCUACGAUGCCGUCGUAGAUAUCAUGGAGAAGCAGGGCGGGUCGCUAGCUGACCGUCCUCGCCUGGUUGCUGCUGGAGAAAUUCUCAAUGGUGGACUAUCCGUCGUCCUUACACCUUCUGGGAACAUGUGGCGUCGGAUGCGCAGAGUACUUCAUACUCAUCUCCAGCCUAAAUCAGCUGAAGAAUAUCAGUCCCUGCAAAUGUCGCACGCAAAGAACAUGGUCCUCGAUGUUCUUGAAGAUCAGACCAACUUCCAAAACCAUGCAGCAACUUAUGCUGCAACAACGAUUAUGAAAGUUGCGUACGGAAAGACCACGCCUACAUCUGCGACUGAUCCUGAAGCAAGACUUGUGCGCGAAAACUUUCAAUUACUUCGUAAAGCCCUGCGCCCUGGUGCUUAUCUAGUUGACAUAAUCCCGUGGCUCAAAUACCUUCCUUGGCAUGCCCAAGAAUUGAAACAGGGGUUUGAAAGGAACAGGCAGCUCAACACCGAUCAACUGAACCGCGUGAAACGGCAAAUUCAGAGCAAUGUGGACGUCGGCCCUUCGUUUGUGAAAUAUAUGCUAGAAAACACUCAACGUCAUGGCUUGACAGAGACAGAGAUGGCUUUUCUUGCUGGCAGUUUCUAUGCAGCAGGAUUUGAUACCACUACCUUGGCGAUAUGCACGGUGCUCAUGGCAGCCGCAUGUUUCCCCAAUGAGCAAGCUAAAGUCCAGGCCGAGCUGGACGCGGUCGUAGGCAGGAACCGAGUGCCAACAUUUGCUGACGAGCAGUCACUCCCUCAUUUGCAUGCCUUCAUCUCUGAGGCUUUGAGAUGGAGACCGCUAGUUCCCAGCGGAUUGGCUCACCGAACGACCAAGGAGGUAGUUUGCGUAAACUAUUGUAUUCCGGCUGGGACCACUGUAAUCGGUCAUCAUUGGUCCAUCUCUCGAGACCCAGAUAUCUUCCCAGAACCUCAUGCUUUCAAGCCUGAGCGCUGGACUAAUGAUCAAGGUUGCCUUGGGGACCAUCUUAAAUUCUUUGUCUUCGGGUUUGGUCGUCGCGUAUGCCCCGGGCAACAUGUUGCGACCAGAUCAGUGUUCAUUGCCUCGCUCCUCAUUCUUUGGGCCUUCCAUCUGAAUCUGGAUGAUACGAAGUCGCUGGAUGACAUGGCGUUCAUGAGGGGAGAGAAUCAGCCAUCCUUUAUUCAAUUCAAGGCGAGGGCUCCGGAGACGGAGCUCAGGCGGAUGAUGCAGGAUGACUCGAAACCUAUGUGAGAAACUUUGAAGAUGAUCAUGAGAUCGUCUACUUCUGGUCACCUCGCAGUAAAAAUCAUUGGUUUUGUCACAAGUUUCGAGUAUUUUACUAGUGGCAGUGUGUAGUUUGGACUCUGCAAGCUUCCUUGCUUUCGGAUCACUUGAAGUAUCAUUCAUAGUCCAGACACAGUCCAAAAUUGAUAAAUCGAGUUAUCGUGUCA